AUUUCUGUAUCGCAUAGUAAACGCCAUUUAAAACAGUGAUUCACUUUGUAUUGCAUUUCUGUGAAUGAAUUGUAAACACAAUUCAAUCCAUUAGUAAAUCAAGUAAUAGUCGCCCGAAAACCCAUACACACGAUGUCUGUAUUAGUCUACGGCCAGGGCGUGCUCUACACGGUGACCCUGUUCAUCGUGCUAUGCAUAGCCCUGUUCUAUAUGCUGACGGGUAGGGGCCGUAGGGCAGGCGAUAUCGCGUGGCUUCUCGAGGGUAUAUCGCCGUACAUGUGGUGCGCGAUGGGCAUCGGACUGUCCAUAUCGUUGUCAGUGGUGGGCGCCGCCGUCGGCAUAUUCACGACGGGGGUGUCUAUAGUGGGCGGCGGUGUGAAGGCGCCCCGCAUUCGCACCAAGAACUUGGUGUCCAUCAUAUUCUGCGAGGCGGUCGCCAUUUACGGCAUCAUUAUAGCCAUCGUUAUGCUGAACGGCAUCGACGAGUACGACCCCCAGCGCCUGGUGGCCAGCGAGUCCAUUAAGGCCCGCAUCUACCUGUCCGGGUAUAUCAUGUUCGGCGCCGGCAUUACGGUGGGCUUCGGGAACCUGUUCUGCGGGCUGGCCGUGGGAGUGGUGGGCUCGGGUGCGGCGCUGGCAGACGCCGCCAAUCCCGCCCUCUUCGUCAAGAUAUUGAUAGUCGAGAUAUUCGCGUCGGCUAUCGGUCUGUUUGGGCUCAUUGUGGCCGUCAUACUGAACGCAAAGGUCCAUAUGUCCGAUAAAGCGUAG